CAACCAUUUGAGGAGUAAAUCAAGGUAUUCGUGAGGGAACCGUAAAUACCGAUGGCUUCAUGUGUAGAUAUUCACGCAUCGAGCCCCUCAUGCUGAGGUGUGGUGACGCUGACGGGAGCAAAUUCAGUGCAUCCCAGUGAACACACACACACACACACACACAAAUAUCCAGACACACACACAUCGCAUGCACACACAUAUUGUGGAGUCUUUUGGAUACAAGCCCUUCAAAGGAGACAAUGAGAGGCUACCUGCUGACUGCAAUCUUUCUGCUGCCCUUGGUGGCAUCAGAGUCUGAGCACUGUUUGAUCAAGCGUGAACAUGAGAAAUGCAUGGAGAGGAUCAUGCUGCACGACCCCAGUGACGACCUUGAAUUAGUGUGUCCGUGGAUGUGGGACAACCUGACCUGCUGGCAGGCGGCCAAUAUUGGUGAGGUUGUGGUGGUCAACUGUCCAGAGCUCUUUCAUGCCUUCAUGGACCCUGAGGAUGAGAUGGGGAGGGUCAGUCGUAACUGCACCGAGGAAGGCUGGUCCGAACCUUUCCCUCACUACGUGGAUGUCUGCUUAUUCUAUGACAACGCCACUCAACCUGACACGUACUACGCCUCAGUCAAGGCCCUGUACACAGUUGGCUACAGCACAUCACUGGUGUCUCUGACUACGGCCAUGGUCAUCCUCUGCAGAUUCAGGAAGCUCCACUGCACCAGGAACUUCAUCCACAUGAACCUGUUUGUGUCCUUCAUCUUGAGAGCCAUCUCAGUCUUCAUCAAGGACGGUGUGCUGUACGCUCAGGAAGACAGCGACCACUGCUUCGUACACACAGUGGCAUGUAAAGCAGUGAUGAUUUUCUUCCAUUACUGUGUCAUGUCCAACUAUUUCUGGCUGUUCAUUGAAGGUCUGUAUCUCUUCACUCUGCUGGUGGAGACUUUCUUUCCUGAGAGACGUUACUUCUACUGGUACACCAUUGUAGGAUGGGGUACUCCCACCAUCUGCGUCACUGUCUGGGCAGUUCUGAGGCUCCACUUUCAUGAUACUGGAUGCUGGGAUACAAAUGAGAACACCGCCCUCUGGUGGGUGAUCAAAGGACCAGUCGUGGCUUCCAUUAUGAUCAACUUUGUCCUCUUCGUUGGAAUAAUCAUCAUCCUGGUGCAGAAGCUGCAGUCCCCUGACAUCGGAGGGAAUGAAUCAAGCAUUUACCUGCGGCUGGCGCGCUCCACCCUCCUGCUCAUUCCUCUGUUUGGUAUUCACUACACUGUGUUCGCCUUCUCACCUGAAGAUGUCAGCAAGAGGGAGAGACUGGUCUUUGAACUGGGACUGGGAUCCUUCCAGGGCUUUGUUGUAGCUGUGCUUUACUGUUUCCUAAAUGGAGAGGUGCAGUCGGAGAUCAAGAGGAAAUGGCGCAGCUGGACCGUGAACCGGUACUUUGCUGUGGACCUGAAGCAGCAAAGGCACCCUUCGUUGGCGAGCAGCGGUGUGAACGGCGGGACUCAGCUGUCGAUCCUCAGCAAGAGCAGCUCCCAGAUACGAAUGUCCAGCCCGCUGGCGGAGAACGCCAACAUCAGCCUCCCGACCUGAGCGUCUGAUUGGUAGGAGUCAACUUCAAGGUGCCGUUUCACUUGUGUAAAU